AUGGAAUACAAUCCACGGUAUCCACAGCCGUUCACCCUUGAGCAAGUGAUCGCACUUGAUCCCGAAGUCGCCUCAGACGAAAUUGGCCGACUGCAACACUCAAUCAUUCACUUGCAGCGCACUCAGAAUGAACUGAAGGAUUACUUGGAAGACCCAGACGUUCGUCAAGCUAUCGAGGAGAAUAAGGUCACAAUGCACGACGAACGUAUAUUCAUGCUCAAGCUUGCAUUGACCCACCAUGGCUUUCAUCGAGUUGGGAGUCCAAGCGAUGUAGCACUCUCAUCUUCUCAGGAGAAUGGAUCAGAUUGUACAUUGGUCGGACGUGAUGACGUUAUUCAAGCUGACGAUGGUAUGUACUUGUAG